AUGGCUCAGCGUGUGGAAGUUUUGCAGACGCAGCUGCCAGCGUACAACCGCCUGAAGACCCCGUACGAGGCGGAGCUCAUCGCGACGGCCAAGAAGAUGACGGCACCCGGUAAGGGCCUGCUCGCCGCUGACGAAUCCAUUGGAUCUUGCGCGAAGCGCUUUGCUCCGUUGGGCCUAAGCAACACGGAGGAACACCGCCGCCAGUACCGCGCACUGAUGCUUGAGUGCGAGGGCAUGGAGCAGUACAUCAGCGGCGUCAUCCUGCACGACGAAACGGUGUACCAGAAGGCAAGCACCGGUGAGACGUUUGUGCAACUGCUGCAGCGCAAGGGCGUGGUGCCUGGCAUCAAGACAGAUAUGGGCCUGAACCCCCUGGUGGAGGGUGCUGAAGGCGAGCAGAUGACGGGGGGUCUUGACGGCUACGUUGAGCGCGCGCGGAAGUACUACUCGUUGGGCUGCCGCUUCUGCAAGUGGCGCAACGUGUACAAGAUUCAGAACGGCACCGUGUCGGAGGCAGCCGUGCGCUUCAACGCCGAGACCCUUGCCCGCUACGCUGUGCUCUCGCAGCUGAGCGGACUCGUCCCCAUCGUUGAGCCGGAGGUUAUGAUUGACGGCACGCACAGCAUUGAGACGUGCCAGCGCGUCUCGCAGCACGUGUGGGCGGAGGUGGUGACUGCCCUCCACCGCCACGGCGUGAUGUGGGAGGGAUGCCUGCUGAAGCCCAACAUGGUGGUGCCCGGCGCGGAAUCUGGUGUGAGGGCAACGCCCGGGCAGGUGGCGCAGUACACCGUGUCGACACUUGCCCGUGUGCUUCCUCCAGCGCUCCCCGGCGUGACGUUCCUGUCGGGUGGUCUCAGCGAAGUGCAGGCUUCGGAGUACCUGAACGCCAUGAACAUUUGCAAUCUGCCGCGCCCGUGGAAGCUAACCUUCUCGUACGCCCGCGCCCUGCAGUCCAGCGCUCUCAAGGCGUGGGGCGGCAAGGACUCCGGCAUCGCUGCUGGCCGCCGCGCGUUCAUGCACCGUGCCAAGAUGAACUCGCUUGCUCAACUUGGUCGCUACAACCGUGCCGAAGAUGACAAGGAGUCGCAUUCGCUGUACGUCGCUGGAAAUUCGUACUGA